AUGUUUUAAUAUUUAUUUAUAUUAGAUGAAUCAAACAAAAUAUAUAUCAACAAUUUAGAAGUUUAUAAUAUCACAAUAACAAUGUAACUUAAAAGUUACGAUUGUGAAUAAUAAAAACCAAUAAAUUAAACAAUAUUCUUUUAAUGCAUUUAGAAUGAUGAUAAUAAGAAAGCACCAUUUAAUUUGCAAUUUUCAUAUGGAGAUUGUUUUUUAUCUUAAAUUGAAUAAUAAUAUGCAUAAAAAGAAAAUUUGUUAAUUGACAAUAAGAAUUCUGGAUUAUUCUUAUUUUUAGAUCUGACAUAAUUAACUUAAAUUAAAUUGAAUAAUUUAAUAUUUUAGUAGAUUAAUUGCAGAAUAUGUCUAAAUGGGUUGAUAUUUUAUUCUUUUAAGAAAGUGGAUGAUCUUUUAUUAAAAUAAUAUGUUUCUAAUUUGAAAAUAUUUAAUUCAACAUGUGGAGACUAUGGUUGUUUUUAACUUAUUAAAGAAAAUGCAGUUCAACAAAGAAUUUUAAUGAAAUCUGAAAUCAAUAUCUAAAAAAUGAAUUUAGAAAUUAUUAUAGAUAAGUAUAUCUGUCUAUAUAAUAAUGCUAAAAAUGAUACAUGUUUAUAUUUAGAUAAUUUAAAACUUUAUUAUAAAAUUCUAUUUUUUAAUAUAAUAAUGCAACCGUAUUAGGCGGAGCAAUAUUUAUUAAAAUGA